AUGGGUGCUGUACGUUGGGUGGUGCUACGUGGUAUGGGUGUGUCUGAAGAAAUGAAACACGCUGUUCACGGUUGGAAAUCGAUGGGUGCAAAAGGAAUAUUUUGGGAUGAUGCCGGUUUCGAUUACCGUGUAACACGAGAACGACAAUCACAAAUGUUGGAUUUUUGUCAUGAAUUAAAUUUAGCAUGUAUUAUGAAUGCAUGGAACCCGGAUGAUG